AUUCCCAGUCUUCUUUCUCCUCUGGAUACCAGCUCUUUACUGCCCUGCAAACGCUCGUGCUUGUGGCUAAGGGAAGGAAGAGAUCCGAGGGUCUGUGUUCAAAGACAUCUCGAGGCAAGAAAAAGAGCAGGAAACCAGUCCGCGUCGGCACAGGAAACAACAAUAACACCAUGCAAAAACCUUGCAAAGAAAAUGAAGGAAAGCCCAAGUGCAGCGUGCCAAAGAGGGAGGAAGAACGCCGCUAUGGAGAAUUUGAACGCCAGCAAACGGAAGGGAAUUUUAGACAGAGGCUACUUCAGUCUCUCGAAGAAUUUAAAGAGGACAUAGAUUAUAGGCAUUUUAAGGAUGAAGAAAUGACAAGAGAGGGAGAUGAGAUGGAAAGGUGUUUGGAAGAGAUAAGGGGUCUGAGAAAGAAAUUUAGGGCGCUGCAUUCUAACCAUAGGCAUUCUCGGGAUCGUCCUUAUCCCAUUUAAUGCAUUUUUCCCUGAAUUCAGUUAUUUCUGUCAUUAAUAUUGCCACUGCUUUCUUUUUGUCUGCAUUUUCUAGCGAAAUAUGUGCUAUAAUUUUACUCUAAUCCUUCAGUGUUGCUUAGGUUUACAUUUGACUCUUGGUAUCAACAUCUCAUCUUUUGACCAUUUCUCAAUUAAUAAGGGGUCUCAUUCAUUUGCAUGGGAAGAUGUUCAUUGUAUAAUGUAAAGUGAAUAUAAGUUGCAAAACAGUAUAUAUAAAUGUAUAUAUAUACAUAUACACACACACACAUAUACACUUUGUAUGUACAUUUAUAUAUGGCAUAAUGCAAAGCAAAAUGUCAAUUAUUAUACACCAAAGGUUAACAGUGAAGCUAUGUGUGAUCUGUGUUUUCUUUCUUUUCUUUUACUGCCUAUCUGCAUCUUCUCAUUUUCCAAAAAAUGAAUAUAUGUUUGUGUGUGUAUAUUACUUGUGUCACCAAAAAAAAAAAACCAGACACAAUAAAAGAACUUGUCAACUGCCUUUGGAAGGCAAUAAAACAAUUACUAAUCUCUUAAUUACAGAAGUAUAAAAAAGAAAUGUAAACUUCAAGUUACCUCUGGAUCUCUUAGCCAGAGGAAUAAAACUGGCAAUU